AUGGUGGAGUUCGCACCCCUGUCGGUGCCAUGGGAGCGCAGGCUGCAGACUUUUGCAGUCCUGCAGUGGGUCUUCUCCUUCUUGGCCUUGGCCCAGAUCUGCAUCGCCAUCUUCAUAGGCCUCCUGUUCACAAGGUUCUGGCUUUUCUCUGUCCUGUAUGCCACCUGGUUGUUCCUGGACUGGGACAAGCCGCGCCAGGGAGGCCGGACCAGCCAGUUCGUCAGACGCUGGACCAUCUGGAAGUACAUGAGGGAUUACUUCCCUGUCAAUUUGAUCAAGACAGCUGAGCUGGACCCUACCCGGAACUACAUCGCUGGCUUCCACCCCCAUGGAGUCCUGGCCGCAGGAGCCUUUCUCAACCUGUGCACUGAAAGUACCGGCUUUUCCUCGCUCUUCCCAGGAAUCCGCUCAAACCUGAUGAUGUUGCCUUUGUGGUUCCGGGCCCCCUUCAUCCGGGAUUACAUCAUGUCUGUAGGGCUGGUCACAUCAGACAAGGAGAGUGCUGGUCACAUUCUGAGCAAGAAGGGUGGCGGGAACUUGCUAGCCAUCAUCAUUGGGGGCUCCCAGGAAGCACUGGACGCCAGGCCUGGAGCCUACAGGCUGCUGCUGAAGAAUCGGAAGGGCUUCAUCAGGCUCGCCCUGAUACACGGGGCAGCGCUGGUGCCAAUCUUCUCCUUUGGGGAGAACAACCUGUUUAACCAAGUGGAGAACACCUGCGGCACCUUGCUGCGCCGCGUCCAGAACCGACUACAGAAGAUCAUGGGCAUCUCCCUCCCUCUCUUCCAUGGCCGUGGCGUCUUCCAGUACAGCUUCGGCCUCAUGCCUUUCCGCCAGCCCAUCAAUACCAUAGUGGGGAAGCCCAUCGAGGUGCAGAAGACACCACAGCCCUCAGAGAUGGAGGUGAACCAGCUUCACCAGCACUACAUCAAUGAACUAUGCAAGCUCUUUGAGGAACACAAACUCAAGUUCAAUGUUCCCGCUGACCAACAUCUGGAGUUCUGCUAA